AUGAGUGACACGAAAGACAAUUCGCAGAUGGACACCAAGAGAGUGGUCGCGAACAAGCCAGCAAGGGCUGCAUUAGAUCUAGUCCACGAAGCCGAGAAUGAUCAUGUCGACAGGAAGGUGCUCCAGUCUCUCUUAUGGAAGAUCGAUCUUCGGUUGAUGCCCUUGCUCUGCAUCACCUAUGCCCUGCAGUCGAUUGACAAAACUACCUUGGGCUAUGCAGCAGUCUUCAACCUCCAGGCUGAUCUCAACCUGCAUGGUACGGAGUAUUCGUGGCUAGGAGCAAUCUUCUACCUGGGUUAUCUCGCGUGGGAGUUCCCAACCAGCAUGAUGCUGCAACGACUCCCAAUCAACUACUUUAUGUCAGGAACGGUUAUCACCUGGGGUAUAGUUUUGAUGUGUCAUGCAUGUGCGUUCAACUUCGCCGGACUGGCAGCUGCUCGAACGUUCUUGGGCGUCUUUGAGGCAUCCAUCAACCCUGGAACCAUGCUGUUGUUUUCUAUGUAUUACUCUCGUGAGGAGCAGCCACUUCGGAUGGGCAUAUGGAUUGGCUCAGCAGGACUUGGAUACGUCAUUGCAGGCAUCGCAAGUUUUGGUAUUGGUCAUAUUCAGUCAUCCUUAGCCAGCUGGCGAUUGAUCUUUCUCAUCUGGGGUGCCAUAACUACUGCAUGGGGAAUACUUCUUGUUUUCUGCCUCCCCGGGUCACCUUUGAGCGCGAAGUUCCUGACGGCCCAUGAGCGGUCUUUGGCGAUCAACCGAGUCAAGGCAAACAACACAGGAAUCGAAAACAAGCACUUCAAGGUGAAGCAGUUCAAAGAGGCGAUGCUUGAUCUUAAGACUUGGCUACUCUUCUUGUUCGCUGUAGCCAGUAAUUCUCCCAAUGGCGGGCUGACCACAUUCCAGGGGCUUAUUAUAAAAGGAAUAGGGUUUUCCAACCUGCAGACCACUUUGAUCCAGAUGCCUUCCGGUGCCGUCCAAUUGGUUGUUUGUCCUUUAGCCUGCUUUUUUGCCUCAUAUGUCAAGAACUCGCGACUUGCUACUAUGCUUGUCUGCCUUAUUCCGUUCCUUGCCGGUGUCUGUGGGCUGUGGCUCAUCGACAACACCAAGCCAUACGGCCGACUGGUCUGUCUAUGGAUCUCAUUCACGUACACUGCGACAUGGACACUUUCAAUGGCUGUAGCCACAGCGAAUACGGCCGGCCACACGAAGAAGAUUACAACCAAUGCAAUGUUGUUGAUUGGGUAUUGCCUGGGCAACUUCAUUGGCCCCUUCUUUUUCAAAUCGGAACAGGCUCCAGUGUAUAAUCUUGGAGUGGGUAUGAUGUUCUUCUGCAUCGGUGUUCAAGUCUUGAGUCUGGGUGGGAUAUGGUUACUCCUCUGGUCCCGGAACAAGAAGCGGAAAGCCCUAAUCAAUGGUGUUAGUCCUGGAAACGACAUAGACGCUCAGGGGUAUGAAAGGGCAUUCUUAGACGAGACUGACCUCGAGAACCCGUAUUUCAAGUAUGUCUACUAG